UUCUCUGUGCCCUGCUAACAAUAGCCUGGGUUCGGCAAGUUUACUGUUAAAAAACCGACCAGCAGGGCGACAGAGCGGAGCAGAGCUGAGCCGAGAGCAGAGCAGAGUUUACCGAAUACAUGAGACGGUGUGUCCCGGUGUCGGAAAUUUUCACCCAACACUCUGGGAUUUACAUUUGCAACCAGACAGGUGGCUGCAGGUUGAAGCUGCCUCUUUGCUUUUCUGUGAGAGGAGCGACCCGGAUACGACAUUAACAGGAGCGGCCGGCUGCAGCCUAGCUGAAGAUGUCUGAUAAUGGGGAGGUCGAGGACAAGCCCCCAGCUCCGCCCAUGAGGAAUACCAGCACCAUGAUUGGCUCCUGCAACAAGGACCCCGUCCCUCUCAACCAUGGCUCCAAGCCCCUCCCACCGAACCCGGAGGACAAGAAGAAGAAAGACCGCUCGAUCCGCUUCAUCCUGACUGGAGGAGGCGAUAAGACCUAUAAGAAGAAGGAGCGUCCUGAGAUUUCUCUACCGUCUGAUUUUGAACACACCAUCCAUGUCGGCUUUGAUGCCGUCACUGGAGAGUUUACUGGCAUGCCUGAGCAGUGGGCUCGGCUCCUGCAGACAUCCAACAUCACCAAACUGGAGCAGAAGAAGAAUCCUCAGGCGGUCCUCGACGUUUUAAAGUUCUACGACUCGAAAGAAACGGCCAACAGCCAGAAAUACAUGAGCUUCACAGAUAAGAACUCAGAUGCCUUCAUCUCCUCCACCACAACGAGCUCCAAGGCCGUGUCGGAGACGCCUGCCAUAGAAACCGUAUCCGAGGACGAGGAUGAAGAUGAGGCUGAGCCGCCGCCGGUGAUCGCCCCCCGACCAGAGCACACCAAAUCAAUAUACACUCGCUCAGUGAUCGAGCCCCUCCCUCCUCCUCCCACCAAAGAUGCUGCGACCUCUCCCAUCUCCCCGCCAACAGCCGCUGCAGCUGCCGUCACACCUGCCGCCCCUGCAGAAGGAGCUCCCAGCAGCCCCCCAAGUGCGAGCCCCGCCCCUGGGCCCUCUGUGCCCCGCCCCCAAGACAAAACCAGGAAGAAGAAGAUGUCAGAUGAGGAGAUCCUUGAGAAACUACGGACGAUUGUGAGUGUUGGAGACCCCAAGAAGAAAUAUACACGCUUUGAGAAGAUCGGACAGGGAGCGUCUGGCACUGUGUACACAGCUAUCGACAUCGCUACAGGACAGGAGGUCGCCAUUAAACAGAUGAACCUGCAGCAGCAGCCGAAGAAGGAGCUGAUUAUCAAUGAGAUUCUGGUGAUGAGGGAAAAUAAGAACCCGAACAUAGUCAACUACCUGGACAGUUACCUGGUGGGCGAUGAGCUGUGGGUGGUGAUGGAGUAUCUGGCUGGAGGUUCAUUGACUGACGUCGUCACAGAAACCUGCAUGGAUGAAGCUCAGAUAGCUGCUGUGUGCAGAGAGUGUCUCCAGGCGUUGGAGUUCCUCCACUCGAACCAGGUCAUCCAUCGAGACAUCAAGAGCGACAACAUCCUGCUGGGCAUGGACGGCUCCGUCAAACUCACUGACUUUGGGUUCUGCGCUCAGAUCACUCCAGAGCAGAGUAAACGCAGCACCAUGGUCGGGACUCCGUACUGGAUGGCUCCAGAGGUCGUGACCCGUAAAGCCUACGGCCCCAAAGUGGACAUCUGGUCCCUGGGCAUCAUGGCCAUCGAGAUGGUGGAGGGGGAGCCGCCGUACCUGAAUGAAAACCCUCUCAGGGCGCUGUAUCUCAUAGCAACUAACGGGACGCCGGAGCUGCAGAACCCGGAGAAACUGACGACAACGUUCAGAGACUUCCUGAACAGAUGUCUGGAGAUGGACGUGGAGAAGAGAGGCUCAGCUAAAGAGCUGCUGCAGCAUCAGUUCCUGAAGAUGGCGAAGCCUCUCUCCAGUCUGACUCCUCUCAUUGUGGCUGCCAAGGAGGCUGCCAAGAACAACCGCUAGCUUUGCACUCAUUAUUUUAUCUGUCAAUCUGUCUCUCCCUCUCGCUCGCUCUCUCUCUUCCAUCCCUCCAUCCUCUCUCUUUUCUUUCUUCUCUAUUUUUUUCUAUAUUUCCAGUAGAUGGGAGGGCAGUGGUGGCUGCUGGCUGGGUUAUAAAACCCAUUGAAGGGCCUAUGUUUUUUCUCUCCCCUCCUUCUUUUUCUUUUCUUCUUUGUUUUUGUAUUCUCCCCUGCCUGCCCCUUCACCCUGUGACCUUUGACCCCAUGCUUGACACCCCUCCCCAGCCUCACCCUCACAGGGAGAAAGAGGCAGUUUUCUUCCUGUAACUUCUUUUUCAACACUCCACUGGACUCAGACAGGAAGAUCAGGGGCUGACUGUAUGACAUCAUCUGUCGAUCUGUAAUCAAGUGAUGUCAUCACUAACUUGAGCUGAAGAGAGUGUUACCACGGAGCCCAAAGACUCAUGGGAGUUUGUUUUUUUAAAAAAUCAACUUUUGUUUGUUUUCUACCUUUUUUCUGUAAAAGCUCCGGACCACCCUCUGCUGCAGACUGUCUGUGUGUGUGUGUGUGUGUGUGUGUGUGUGUGUGUGUGUGUGUGUGUGUGUGUGUGUGUGUGUGUGUGUGUGUGUGUGUGUGUGUCCUAGCUUCCUGUCACGCGUCUGUGUGUUUCAGUCUGACUGGAUUUCAUCAUCCUCUAUCAAAAAGUGCAUUUGUUGAUUUUUUUAGUUUAUCACUGUUUUUUUUUUCUUUUGAAUCAACUUGUUGUUGUGUUUGAAUGUGUGUGUGUUUGUGUGUUUGAGUGUGUGUGUUUUGUUCCCAGGGGGGGUGUCGGGAUAUGGGUUAAGUUGAUUGUAGCGUUACCUUCUGUAGUUUUUGACUCGGAGCAGGUGAGGUUUAUUGCGUUGUCGUGUCUGCAGUGUGAGCUGUGAGUUAGAGAUUAUUAAUAUUAAUUAUGAUAAGAUAAAACGAGCCCAGAGCCGUAGAUGGACCGUGUCUGAGAGAUUUUCAGCCAUUUUGGCUCUGCGAUGUCUUUCCAGGACGACCUGUGAACCAAGAAAAAAGAGAUUGUUUUUCCAACUUAAUUGGCAGAAUAAGUGCUGAUAAUCACCUAGCAGUCAGCUCAUAUUAAUAUGGAACUUGUGGAGAUGUUGAUAAGGUACCUACAAAACUAUAAACUUACUUAUCUAUGGUUUGCUAAAACAUGAAAAGAAAAAAAAUGGGCUGCUUUACCCAGAAUCCAUCUGCGGCUCUGGGACUUCACCGUCUGCGGGCUCGACGCUGAGACUGUGAGGGAGAGGAUGUGCAUGUCAACCUUUUUUAUACGGUACGUUUAACGUGGAGAAAAAAAAUAAUAAGUGAGUUGUGAUAAUGCUGAAACACAAAAGUGACGAUACAUGAAGGAUGCUUGUGUACGAUAGGAAGGACCGUAUCUUUAGUCCUGUUUUCAGAAGAAUGAGACAAAUAAAUGCUGCGAUGGUACAAUGUUGUUGUUUUCCUGCCUGGUGGACUGUUGGCGCCCCGGGAACCCUCUGAACAUAAGGUGUAUAUUUUACAUGAAAAGAGAGGGAAAAAAACCACGACAACAAUGUUUCAGCCUUUGUUAAUGGACUCACUGUUUUUUUUUUUUAUAUAAUUGAUCACCUUUUUUUGAUUUGGAUACAAAGAUUUUGAGUGUUUGUUUUGGAUCUUUUUCUUGUCGAUAACAAAACUCCUGUAACCCAGUAAGAGCCAAAGUUUCCAUCAACAGCCACGGUUGCUCGCUCUGCAUUUCAACUUAAAAUGAAAAAACCUGCAAUGUAAAUAUAUCAACCAAACAUUUCCAAAACAUCAAUUCAAAACAGUCAACUUGAUUUCUACUUUUAGCUGUUUUUAUUUAGCUGUUUUUAUUGUUUGUUUUUUUUAACAUAGUGUUAAUGUACCUCUGGCCUUAAACUGUUUCAAAGGUGCAAGACUCCUUUAGUACCAGUCUGAUGGCAACAAUUUUAGGCAACAGUGAAUAUUUUUUGGGGCUUCAGCUAACGAUUAUUGUCCUUAUUGAUAAAGCUGCUGGUUACUUUCUUUGUUAACUGAUUCAUCUUUGUUUGUGCAACUGACACUCCAAACUCAAAGAUAUUCAGUUUACAAUGACAUGAAUCGAAGCAGAACGAUUAACAUGUCUGCUCUGAAAAAUAAACUAUUGAUUGAUUAUUUUUUUGUAAUCAAGUAAUCGUUGCAACACUGCAGAACACACUGAACAUUGAAAUGACAGAUUUGAACUAAUCAGUGCGAGCGGCACUGAAGCUCACAGCUGUUCACAGCGGCUGCAGCUGCCUGAAACUGUUGCCACGGUGUGUUCGUGUGUCCUCGUCUGAACUCCCACACUGAGCUACUUUGGUUGAAAAAAAUAAAAUGAUAAUCAUGUUACUGUAAGUGACCAUCAGCAGCCAGGAUACGGUCCUCUGAGCAGCUUCAAGGGGGGUUCAGACUUGGUGCAGUCCGAGGUCUAAAUGGGGACUUGGUUCAGUCCAGGAUGAGGCGGUCGAUGAAGUCUUCACUCCCCAGUGUAUCAGAGCCAUAAUUUAUCUGUUUAUAAGUCAUUCAGAUUUUUUGAAACAACUCUGAAAAAUGAAGAAUAAAACUGUACAAAAACUGAAAA